AUGUCAAAAUGGAUAACUAUGACAUAUCUAUCUAUCUCUCUCUCUAUCUAUCUAUCUAUCUCUCUAUCUAUCUAUCUAUCUAUCUAUCUGUGUACUGAAUCCAUAUUCCAAGCAAAGCAUAUUCACUCUCAGACUGCGCGUUACGCAUACAUAGUCGAGAAGCUACCACCAGAGAUCGCUGCUAACGCGCUAGACCUUCUAGAAACCGUUCCCGCUCAUAACCCCUUUGAUGUACUAAAGGAAGCCAUUAUCUACCGUACUGGAAAAUCGCAUGAGCGCAGGUUGCACGAUCUAUUUAAUACUACACAGCUCGGAGAUAGCUGCCCGUCGCAGUUACUCAGACGAAUGAAGAGUCUGUUAAGAAAUGACUUGAUGUCGGAAUCACUAUUCCGCAAACUUUGGCUGGACAAGUUACCGCCAUACACUUCACAGAUUCUGGCUACGGUUCCUGAUGACUUAGAUCUUUCAAGAAUUGCUGAGAUUGCUGAUAAAAUUAAUGAAGUACCCAGCAUCAGCAGCGUGGACUCCACUUUAUCUGACUCCACCACGAAGCUAUCUAACCGCGGAAUUGUAUCACAGCUAAUAUCCACAGAAUUACGCAUCGCUGUGCAGCGUGAUAAUCCGAUUCAAGAUAUUUUGAAUAAAUUUCCCUCGUUGAUACAGCCUUUUACUUAUACAGAGCCUGUCAAGCACAGCACUGUACACAGGAUUCGAACUACCGAACAUCCUGUCUAUUCUAAACCUCGCCGUCUUGCGCCGGAUAAAUACAAGAUUGCUCGGGCCGUGUUCCAACACAUGCUCGACCUCGGGAUUAUUCGCCCAUCCUCGAGUCCAUAUGCAUCACCGCUUUACAUGGUCACUAAGGCUCAGCAGGGCGCCUGGAGGCCGUGUGGCGACUAUAGACGACUUAUCUCACAAACGGAACCUUCGUCCAGUUUUAUCACCUAUUUUCUUCCCUUGCUUUUACGCCAACCCGUUACACUUCACGUGACGUUUAUGUACCUCCUUCCUUACUGGAAUGCGAGACUCCUCCUUGAGAUGACGAUAUUUGAGUUGCGAAGGCCUACUGCAUUAGACACAUUUACAUUCUCGGCACUGGAACAAUGUGAUGUUUUUCUCUGUCUCGGGGAACGUGCGGUCUCAGCUUAUUAUUUGGAGUUUGCAGUUGAUGUGACAUGA